AUUACAAAAAACACGUUUUUGUUUCAGCCAUCUCUCUCAGAAAACCACAUGGCCCUUCCUCCAAGCUAGCACAGAAGGGUGGCCGGCCAAAUCCAGAUGUGGCACUGAUAUUAACACGAAACAAAGGUGCAAAGCCCCUCACUCCGCAGGCAAAACAGUGUUCUCACCAAAGCAAGCGAGGAUGUAAGUUGAAAAUAAUGGAUGGGAUUUGUCUGCCACCCGUCUUAUCGGGCGCAUCCUUUUCAGCUGCAGGCAGGGCCCAUCUGGGCCCUUUGCCAUGGCCUGGACGGAAUGGAGUUUAUGUGAGUGUAUUUUGAUGACAAGGAGGGGCACUUGUAAAGGAAACAUCAUGCUGGCACGUGUCCCAGUGCAACUGUUGUGGUUCAGAGGCUGGAGCUGGGUGUCCUGCAGGCUUAGAGGGGGGAUGUGUGACUACAGGCUGUGUCUGUUCCUUCUGGUCACAGUCCAGGUUGGACAUGAUGCACUUUCAGCGUGCUUUUGUGCACCUACUAGCAGUGGUUGUCCAGCCCUUCGGGGCUGUCCCCGCUCUCUGAAUCCUCAUGCCUCCUUCCUUGCAGAAACCAGUGCUGGCUCUUAUUAUGAGAAAGAAAACCCAGCAGCAUUUCCUUGUUAAACAGCCUGCGGUGAAUGAAGGCAGCAGAAGGAAAUGUGGAAUCUCGUAACAACACGAGUGAUUCAGACUGGUGUUAUGCCCGUAGUCUAAGCGGUGUCAGUGCACACCUGGGAAAUCUGGGAAAUCACGUGGAAUCUGACCUGGGACUACGGCAGCAAACCAAAGAGCGAGCGGGUUCCAGAGAAGGGGUGUUCCAUCCACCCUUUCUUCCCAAAGUGGUGGGACGGGAGCACGGGAACUGAUGGGGGUUUAUAAAGCUGCAGAGAGCACAAGGGAACUUGCUGCCGCAGCCUGGGGUGGUUUUCUGGCCAGUGUUUCCCCACUGUCCUCUGGGACUCCCACACUGAGCGGUCUCAUCCUGACGUGUUGCCUCGCUGCAAGUCACCAGCUGCUGCCGAGGUGCUGGAACAAGCCCAGAGCGCUGCGCUGGCUGCCACCCGUGCCUGGAAGGGAAUGAAAAACCUGGAGGACACUGAACCUGGAUCCCAGUAUAGAGCUGCUGUGGACGGGGCUGCCCCUUCGCAGGGCGCAGGAUGAUGCCAGAGGGUGGCGAGCCCCUGUCCUGCACAGCCACUUCCCGGUGAGAUCGGUGCUGUGCACCAGGGUGCGGCCGGGGCACGUCCGAGCCGUACUGCGAGUGCCAAGAGGGAAGUGAGUCACCCACCUGCGAACCAGCGCCUUCUUCCCCGUCUGUCUCAGCUCCUCCUGGCAGAGCUCCUCCAGCCCGGCACGCUGCUCCUCCUGCUCACCGAGGGCCGGGGUCUGCUGGGUCAGACAGCCCCGAGCUCGGCGCUGGCACUUCGUGUUGUUCCUGUUUGCUGCUCUUGCCCCUGAACAAAGCAGUUGGGAGUGUGUGCAGAGCCCACCUGAAAGCUGCUGCUGCUGCUCUGCUUGCGCUCCAUGGCUCUGUCUGAAGGAAUCAAGCACAAGAAAACCUGCCAGGGACACGGUGCGUACAAGGAGGCAGCACCCAUCCCUGUGCAUGGCAGGAGCGAGUGCUCGCCCUGAAAAUGCUGAUGUGGUGCCAGGAGCCAGGGGAGCAUCCCACUGCCUUCCAGCCAGAUGUUGGCCCCAAACAACAGCAACUGGAAGAGCUACUCCAGGAUCCAGCGUCCCGGAUAUAGCAAGCAAAAGUACCAUUAAUGCUAAUUAGCAGCAUCACGUGGGAAUCAAUUAUAGUAAUGUUUUUUUUUUUUUUUUUUCAAUUAGAUGGCAUGUUUUUUGUUUUAAUUAAAUUAAAGGCACGUUGAAGAUGGCAUUCGGUGCUGGCAGACUUUGUGUGCUUCCUCAGGACUGGAAGACCAGGACCACUCUGUAGGUUGGGCUCCUGAAACCUCCAUGGGUUUUAAUGCUGGAUUCAACGUGGCACAUUCAGAAACAGCAGCGGCGCAGCCCCAGAAGAGCAGGGAUUGAUUUCUGAGGAGAACUCCUCCCCAGCCCCACACCUCCUGGGCUUUCAUUUCCUCUAAGAACUUGGCUGGGCAGGACAGCGCGCUUUGUUUUGCAAUUUUGCAGCCUUUGCUAAUGGUCCCCUUCCCCCGGUGACAAGACGUCCUCACCGGCCGCUCUGUCCAAAGUCACAGACCGGUUGCCAGCCGACCUCCCUGGAGUGCUUUUAGUUUGUUUUUAAUGUAAGUUCCCAGAAUCACUCUGAUGGGCAGGGCACAAUCAGGGCUCCGGCCGCUCCGAGGAGGAGCGGGGUCUUUGGUUCAGAGCAGCACAGCGCUGCCGGUGCCUCCUGCACGGAGGGCAGGGUAACCAGCAGCAUAGGGGCUGCACUUUGGAAUGUGCUGGCCUAGCCUGGGCCCUACCUGCAGCUUUGCUGGUCACUGUUGUCCCCGUGAGCACCGCACCGAUUUGCAUCGCUGUGAUGCGUGCUCCUCAGGCUGCCCCAGCCGUGGUGCUCAGGAUGGGAAGGUGGAUGGUCCAGGUGAAGAUCUGCCGUGCUGUUGUGUCCCAGAGUCUGCUGAAGGUCCCUGAGCUAAAAGGAAACGUGGCACGGCUGUAUUCCUGGGUCUGUUCAUACCUGAACAAAUGCAGGGGAGACUCUGCCAAAGAGUGAGUCUAUCUGUGGGGUGUAUGAGUUUCCUGGCACUUCCUUUCCAUUGAGUUAUUGGGUCAAAACUCUUCUGGCUUCUGCCAUUCAUCUGUGUAGAAGAAGGAUGUUCAAAUGCUGUCUAUUCCCAGGGACAAACGGUGGGUUGCUAUUCUGCUUUUAAAGGAAAAUUCCAAAUUCCAACUCUGCCUUCUUUCGGGAUUAUCAGAAGACAUUUUGAGGAAACAGCUCUAAGGACUUUCCAGAUCUUUGCUGCGGUUGAUUGCCUUUCCUCUACAAGGCUAUUUUAUUUCUCAUUUCCUUUGAGCUGAUGUCACACGUUUCCUCUUCUCUAGUGACUCUGCAGUCAUGCUGCAGUUGCUCCCAUUCUGGUGUCCUCUUCUUGAGAGCUGCCCUUAGUGGAGACCCUUCAGACCCUGCUCAGAAAAUAUAACACUUAGAGGAGGACCGAGCACCCUCAAAAAGGCACCGAUCUCUACUAAAGCUGAAGAUGGACAUACUGCACUGAAUCCCUGUGAUUGUGGUAAGAAGAAAAGCUACAGCAGGAACUUGCGGCUCACACGUGUCCACUCAACAACACAAUGUCUGGAGAGGGCAAAAAUGACGCUGCGGGCAGUGCAUGCCCCAUAGACUCUGUGUUUCGCUACAGCCUCUUCACUGUUUUCUACAGCAUCGUUUUCAUUCUGGGCUUUGUCGCCAACUGCUACGUGCUCUGGAUUUUCAGCCGUAUUUACCCCACCAAGAAACUCAAUGAAAUCAAGAUAUUUAUGCUGAACCUGACAGUAGCUGACCUGCUCUUCCUGGUUACAAUGCCACUGUGGAUUGUUUACUAUCACCACAACGGGGACUGGAUCAUGCCCAAGUUCCUCUGUAAUGUGGCUGGCUGUUUAUUUUUCGUGAACACUUAUGCUUCUGUUGCCUUCCUGAUGGUCAUUACGUACAACCGUUACCAAGCCGUGACUAAUCCCAUCAGAGCAGCUCAGUUUACCACCCAGAGAAGGGGUAUCUUUCUAUCAGCAGCUAUCUGGAUCAUAACAGUGGGCAGCGCUAUGUAUUACAUUUUUGAUGAUAACACGAAUGUGGAGAAAAUGGGCUUAAAGAAUUAUACGCGUUGUUUUGAGCGCUAUGACUCUACUGGUAAUGUGACACCUGUUCUUGCCAUUCAUGUCAUCAUCUGCGUCCUCUUCUACAUCAUUUUCCUAUUUAUCCUAGCCUGGAACAUCAUCAUUAUCAGGACCCUGUUCUCCAAAUCAGGACAGCAGCGGAAGAGCGCUCAUGUCAAGCAAAGGGCGCUCUGGAUGGUUUGCACCGUGCUGGUUGUGUUCAUCAUAAGCUUUGUGCCUCAUCACAUUGUGGACCUGCCCUGGACGCUGACUGUUCUGGAGCAAUGGCAGAAGGAAAAUUGUCAUUUGCGCCAACAACUCAAUGAUGCUCACCAGGUGACUUUGUGCCUCUUGAGUAUGAACUGCGUGUUGGACCCAGUCAUCUACUGCUUCCUCACCAAGAAGUUCCAGAAGCACGUAUCACAAAAUCUGAAAAGCAUGAAAGGGAGUCGCAAGUGCUCCAGGCAAACCACAGACACGGUGAUUGAGGGCACCAUGCACCAAGAGGAUGCCAUUGGGUUCUAGGUCAGUCGGUUUUGAUCGCAGAGACUGAGGUGCAUGAAUGAGUCACUCAUCUUUUCUCAAAUGAAGGCACAGAGGGACAUGACAGAGGACCAGGUUAUAACUUUUCAUUUUUCCUGUUAGAAGAAUGAACACUCAUUUGUGAUAGGACAAGAGGCAAUGAGCACAAACUGGACCACAGGAGGUUCCCCCUAAACAUCAAGAAGAACUUUUUUAAUGUGAGGGUGACGGAGACGUGGCACAGGUUGCCCAGAAUAUCUCCUCCUUGGAGAUCUUCAAAAGCCACCUGGAUGUGGUACUGGGCAAGAGGCUCUGGGUGUCCCUGCUGGAGCAGAGGUUGGACCAGAUGGACUCAGAUGUCCCUUCCAACCUCUGUCAUUCUCUGAUAUCUUCUAUCGCUCUCAACUCGCAGAACUGAAAGCUGUAAUGAUCUGUGAGAAAAGCACCUUCUGUCUGGGCUGUGGUCACUCACAGCAGCUCAGGCAAUUUGCUUUUACCUGAAAGAAAUGCGGUGAGUGUCUGCAGUGAGCAAAGCACACUGAAAUCAUCCAUUACGUCACCCCUGAUAGCACCAUGCCUGGUCCUUUGCCUGCCCAGCUUCCAAGAGGAGUCCAGUAUCAGAGCUGUAAGGCUUCUAAACAACCUGGUGGAAUGCACUGAGCUGCUAACAUAAUCAAGUAACAUUUCUGAGCAGCUUGUGUAGUUGUGAAAAGAAUAUGAGCUGAAGAAGCUUACAUGGCUAGAAGGGACAUAGCCUGAGGAGUUCUUCCCAGUGCUUUCAAGGAAGAGAUCUGCACCUCUGAUCCCUUCUUGCCUACUCCCAUGGUCUGCUGGGGGCUGUACUUCCCAGGUGCCUGCAAGCAGCUGUUAUGAACUGUCUUUGCUCACAGCGUUUGAAUCAGGGAAGUCACUGGAUGAAGGCAACAAAAGGAAGAGAAACUGGCAGUGCCUCAGCCCCCAUCCCCAAUCAGCGUUAUGUCCAAGGGGGGCUGCUGUCUGCCCUGGUUUCUAAUAUGAUUGCAGAACUGGAAAACAAGUGGCUCCUUGCACCCAGAUUGGUGGUUUUUGUCUGAGUGGUAAUUUUUUGUCUGUGGAGAUCCCACCUCAUUUUGGAGGCUCUGGGUAACAGAAAACUGCUGUAAGCAUGGGCAUUAUUAUUACGAGAAGACAAAAAAACUUAAAAUUC